AUGGAUUCAAAUCAUAAUCCAUAUGGUCAAUCUCCCAGUUACUUUAGCCUUAGAAACUUUCCUUAUGACAGCUUCUCUGCAAAUCUAAACUUUGGCUCUCCACAAGGCAGCCAAAACCCGGGUCAUAACCAGCAACAGCCUGAAACUGCCUCUUCUCAAGGGAGUCAAUUCCCUGGUAUUAACCACCAAGAGAGUCAUGGAGCUGCAUCUCCAGCCAACCAUUUCUCUUCUUUUAGCCAGCCUCAGACUCAACCUCCACCUCAAGGUCAAGGCACACCAACAUGUACUAGGGAGAGAAGGCAAUGGAACAGCCUUGAUGAUGUUGUGUUGAUAAGCGGGUGGUUAAGCACAUCAAAAGAUGUGAUAGUUGGAAACGAUCAAAGGUCAGGGACGUUUUGGAAACGGAUUUCAGAGUAUUAUGCUGCGAGUGAACAUGUGCUGAAUGGGGGAGAACCACGGCUUCCUGACCACUGCAAGCAAAGGUGGGGAAGAAUAAGUAAAGAAGUAAGCCACUUCUGUGGAGCAUUUGCUUCUGCAGAGGCUGAAAAGGCUUCAGGGAUGAAUGAUGUUGACAUUCUUAAGAAUGCACAUCACAUUUAUAAGACUCUUCAUCUCAAGAAAUUUACACUAGAGCAUUGUUGGGUUGAGCUGAAGAAUGAACAAAAGUGGUGUAGUUUAGGGUUAAUGAAUCCCACAAGCAACACUUCAAGCAAGAAGAGAAAGGCUGAGGUUGCUCAUCCAUCCGAAGGGGGAUCAGUUGGAACUGUCCAUGAGAGCAGGCCUCCUGGGGUUAAGGCUAUGAAAGGGAGAAGGUUCAAAGGAAAAGAGAAGGUAUCACCUUCUGGAGACUAUCCGGACCUGUGGGAGAAUAAACAGCAAGACAAUGAGGCAAAGAAAGUACUCCAGAAGAUGAGCAUCCUAGACACCCUCAUUGCCAAGACGAUUCCACUAGAUGAAGAUGAAGUCAAACUUAAGAAGAAGCUGAUGGCAGAAUUAUUCUAA